AUAUUGGAUAUUGGAAGAUAAGUUGUGAAUAACUAACCGAUAAACGUAAAAGACAAUGUGUAAGCGAACGUUUAGGUAACGGCAAUCCAACAUCGCCGACUAGCAUGGACGAAAAUGACCGGCAGGUGUAUAGCUCUUCCAAUGACCUUGUCUACAGAUGGAGCAUAUGAUGACCUUGAGGGCGGUGGGGUAUUUCAAUCUGCACACUGGCUCAGUCGAAAUAACAUACGGGCAGUCCUGUUCUAUUAAUCAUUGACUAUGGUACGGUAGUAUUCACCAAAUCAUAUUUUGAUUCAGGACCAUUUCCUUGUUGGGAAAGCACUUUCGGCACGUUCUGAUAGCCAUUGUGGAACCAAGUUAGAGAAAUGUAAACGAAAGCGUUUGUUUGAACCAGUUUCAUCGCAUGAAUUGGAAAAUGCUUAUACCCAAUUUCUGUCAGGUUUGUCUCAAGAGUUUGCUCGUGCUCCAGCUCGUCUGUCCAGCGGUGUUAUUGACGGUGAUUUUAUUCGCCUUACCAAAAUAUGUGGAAAGUAUUUCCGUAUAAUGGGUUUCUCUUCUAAUGGGUCGUCCUAUCUUUAUCCAGAAGAAGCUUUACUUCUAGCGGAAAGUAACAAGAUUCAAAUAUACGAUGGUGAUUUACCGCUUAGCGUUCAACAACUUUACGAUCAACUCCUUAGUAGUGAAGCAUACUUACACUAUCUUGUUUACUCUCGGUUAUCACGAUUGAAUUUUAGCCUUCGAAAAAGAGUAAAGUGUAAUGCACUGACAGUUUAUCGUAACGUAAAAGACAGAUUGUUUAAAAUCCCUCAAACGAUAAACAUUCUCAGUACAACUCAACACCUCUGGGACACAGUUGUAAGCAAGACAAAGCCCGAAGACUUCCGAUCUCUUGUUGAUACAAAUGAAAUACAUUCAAUCGCUGACCUUAUGACUUGUCUACAGAAGAUUGUGCUACCGGAAAAUGCUGAUUCAAAUCAAUCAAAACGUGAUUUAAACCUACUCUAUGAUGUAUAUGGAAAUAAUCAUGCGGAGAAAGAACGGAUUGUAAAUUUCUCCAAACGUUUUCCCGCUCAUCCUGACUAUGUUUUGUCAGUCGUGUCUCCGCAACAAGUGUAUCCAAGUGUUGAAGCGCACAGUUUAAUUAAAGCCGGUCUAAUGCCUGAUACCCCUGUCAUUGUGUCCAUGGUGGAUGGAUGUGAUAUUUCUUUUUACAUGUCAAGUCAUUUUGAAAUCCCAAACCUUAAUUUUGUGCUAACUCAUUAACUUAACAGUGUCUGUAAAUAUGUUAUAAAUAAAUCAAUUUUAUUCACU